GUUGAGUUUAUGAUAGAAUAGAAAAUUUAAUUCAAUCCCUAUUUUGUAUUGCUAAUUUCAGAGUCAAUUAAUGAAAUGUUCACUGUACCAGAACUUGCAGUAACUUGCAACUUUGAUCAUUUACAAGGUUCCAUAUUAAUACAAACACAUAUUCUGCAACAGAAAUUAUUUCAGACAUUAGGUAUUCCAAUAAUCUUGCCAAAUGAAAAUAAUGAAAUUUUAAGAAUAACCACACUUGGAAAAACAAGAACUUAUCUUACUGGAAAAGCUUUAGAUAAUUUACGAAACCAAAUAUCUGAUAUUCCUUCACUUGAUGAUAAAAACCAAUCCGUUACUAAACAUGAUGAUAAAUACAAAAUAAGUUACAAAGCUACGCGUAGAGCAAUUAUUAAAUUGACCGAACUUGGAAAGGCGAGAAGACUUCUUACUGGAAAAGCUAUAAUAAAUGUACUAACUCAAAAAUUAGCUGAGCAGAUUUCAUAUGACAAGAAGUAUUCAGUUCAUAGAAUUUGUACUUUGAUAGCAAUGUGGAUUAGUUUAAAAACGGCUUCAUUACCGUUUGAUAUUGUAGAUCAUGAAGAGGAUAUUGAUAUUUGUGAAGUAUAUAAUAAGGACUGGAAUGCUGUAAAAUACAGAUCAUUUGAGGGCAUAUAUUGGCAAGUAAAUGUCAAUAAUAUAGAUACUAGAAUAAAACAAUUAAAUGUACAGCUACUCGACGAUUCCUGUAUCCCACGAUUUGAGGAACCGUUAACAACCACAGCACUUUAG